CACAUUCAUCCCGUCCAUCGAGCUAGGGAUGUUCUGCUUUUGGAAAGAAAAAAAAAAUACUUUUUGACACCCCUCCAUCCCUAAACUGAUGGACGUCAGUCACCAUAAAGCCCAGAGCGGUGACAGUGGACCGGGCAGGCCCUGUCGUCCCGGGGUUUUCCUAACCGGAGACGCCGGAAAAAGCGACCACCUUAGAGCGGGACGCAUCGUAGACUUCCCGGUGUCUGUGAUUCUUCCUGCCGGCGGCACCGGAGAGAGAACCGGACUCCAAACACCAAAACAGUUCUGUUCGUUUCUGGGUAGACCGCUCAUAAGCUACACUAUCCAGGCUUUUGAGAGGGUGCCAUGGGUCCAAAUCAUCGUGGUMGUUGUUGCCAAGGAAAACAUGGACCUGAUGAUGGACAUCAUCCAGCGGUUCCAGCACAGGAAGGUUCYAGCGGUGCCAGGCGGCUCGACUCGCCACAGGUCAAUAUGCAAUGGAGUCCUGGCUCUGAGCGAGGAGGAGAGGCCAGCAGCUGACAAACCCAAGGUGGUCAUCAUACAUGACGCUGUGCGCCCCUUUGUGGAUGAGGACUUUCUGCUUAAGAUAGCAGUAGCUGCCAAGGAACAAGGGGCAGCAGGAGCCAUUCGACCACUUGUUUCCACCGUGAUAGCCACAACGUCGGAGGGUUACCUGGAUCACUCUUUGGAGCGAGCCAAGUACAGGGCCAGCGAGAUGCCUCAGGGCUUUACCUAUGAUGUCAUCUAUCAGGCGUAUCAGAGGUGCACGGAGUCAGAUUUUGAGUUUGGCACCGAGUGUCUCCAUCUGGCUCUGCAGUACUGUGGCAUCAACGCAAAGCUUAUUGAAGGUCCACCAACACUGUGGAAGGUGACCUACAAACGAGAUUUGGCUGCUGCAGAGUCUAUUAUCAAAGAUACUCUGGCCCAGUCAGCCUGCCUCCUCACAGGCGGACUGGCACCUGCUACAACACUGGCUGAUGGCCUCCAAAAAGGUUUUGGAUCUCUGAAUGUGGUGCGUGCAGCAAAAGAGCUGGAAGUCAUCCCAGAUCUGGUGGGAGACAACGCCAGGUAUUUGUUGAAAGAGUGGAACUUCAUCCAGGUUUCUGUUAAUUCUUCCUGUCUGUCUGAAGUGGAAGCUAUAAUUGUGGCUUUGGAGGCAACAAAUCGAGCUCUUCUCCACCCUCCAGUUGUCAUUUGGGUACAUUUGAGCAGUACAGAUCAAAAGACCAUCGACAGGACGGUGGCAGAGUCUGCUGCCAUCAUGGACCUGGCAUCUGCAGCCAAGCUCCAAAAUAUUCUCCUCUAUGGCAUCCAGCUCCAUCAGUCCAAGUGAAGCUGAAAGUGAUCGAGGGGCCGGUUAGUUAGAAGCAGCUGUGUGUUUGACCCCCACACCCCCACCCCCGCACACAGGAUCUCCAUCACGCUGACAGCCGGGCCGCAGCUCAGAUCAGGAUUCAGGAGGACCAGCAGGUCUCAGCUGCUCCUGAACUUGAUCAGGCCCACCUCCAGAGGGCGGGACGGGACAUCCUAACCAUCCAGGACCCAUCGCUCCUGCAGAGACUCAGGAUGGAAACCAGAAAGUCAGAAUCUGCAACAUUUCUAUCAUUUUUAUUUUAUUUUUACAAAAAACUGCUGAUCUUUUCAGCCACUCUUCUGCUCUGAAAAAAUGACUACAUUUCUUUUUUCUCUUGUGACUGAGCUGCUGCUAAACUAAAGCUUAACUAAAUUAAAGCUUUUGCAAAGUACUAUACAAAUACUAACAUAAAUAUUUAGGGUCCCUUUACUCCCUACCUCCUCUUAUGUCGUAAUAUGACAAGAUUUUUACUUUUAUUUUUGCAGGAAUUUGACCGUUUAACAAACYUUUGUUUUGUCAGAGGAGAAAAGGCGCGUAAAUAAUGAAUUUUAGACAAAUAAUUCUGUAAGAUAAUCUGUGCAUUAAUUAUGUUUGAAUCAAACCCGGUGCUGUUUGAACACAAUAAYUUGUUUCUGCAUCAGCUUGCACACAUGGCUGCCAUCUGAGCUCAGCUUUUGGAGGUGAUUUUUGCAGUUCCUCCUCACUGUGCAGUCCUUUCGUUUUGUGUUUUAGAAGUCCGAGCGUCACAUUAGUUCUUUAUURUUGCACUCAUUAAAAGAGCACAGGUUUAUUUUAUAGCAGGGACCUGGUAGAGCAAAUGUUUGUGAACAGCAGCAUCUUCUGGCCUUUUGUGAGGUUUGCUUGGUAAAGGCUAAAUUAAUAUACUGCAGCAGCAAACUCGGUUACAAACACUAAAUUAUUACAGAUCAGCUUAACAUCUUUGUGACAUUUUUGUCUUACAGAGUCGGAGAAAUAAAUUAAUCAAACUGUUUUAUCAUGCCGUUACAGUCAGCAUCAUUURGUUAAACACGGCUCCACCACCAUGUCUGUCUCCUGUCAUCUGCAGACGUUACAAUCAUUAAUAGUUCAUCUUUUCUCUGUGUGCAGAUUGUAUUAAAAGUGCAAAAACCUGUA